AUGUCUACCUCUACUACUCCUCCCGUCGUUGAAGGCGAGGCAGACUUCCACUACCUCGCUGCAGGCAAACCACUCAAAACGUGGUACAGAAUCACGGGAGACUUGACUCCGAGCUCAAUCCCCCUCAUCAUUCUCCAUGGCGGCCCGGGUGUUGGCUCAGAAGCCUACAACGCCUUCGUCGACCUCACAAUCGCACACUCCAUCCCUAUCAUACAAUACGACCAGGUCGGUUGUAAACGCUCCACUCACCUUCAGGACAAAGCCGAGGCUGGUGCAGACUUUUGGAACGAGAAUCUUUUCGUUGCCGAACUAUACUCCCUGAUCAAACAUCUCGGUCUUGAUGGUGAAGGAAGGCAGUACGACGUACUUGGGCACUCGUGGGGAGGGAUGUUCGGGACGACGUUUGUUGCUGGGAGACCGAAGGGGUUGAGGAAGUACAUUAUCAUGUCGUCAGCGGGAUCGAUCGACCUCUGGGUGGAGGCGCAGAACAAGUUGAGGAGGACUUUACCGAAGGAGGUGCAGGAUGUGAUGGAUAGAUGCGAGAAGGAUGGGACGACGGAGAGUGAUGAGUACCAGGGCGCUAUGCUCGAGUACUAUUCUAGAUUCAUGUGCCGUCUCGAUCCUGUUCCUGAGGAGAUCAUGGACGGGCUCGGUGAGCUUGGAAAGGACCCGACGACUUACUCGGUGAUGUGGGGUCCCUCCGAGUUCUUCGUCACCGGAACGUUGAAGAAUUGGUCUGCGCUCGACUAUAUCCACAAAAUCAACGUUCCCGUGUUGCUACUCAACGGACGUUACGAUGAAGGACAAGACAGCUGUAUGGUAUCGUUCUUCGAUAGAUUGGAUAAGGUCAAGUGGGUUCAGUUCGCAGAAUCUGCUCAUAUGGCUCAUUACGAGGAAAGGGAGAGAUACAUGAAGGUUGUCGCCGAUUUUUUGGUUGAUUGAGGAGGACGAAAAUUUCUCUGAGCGCAUUACAUAUUUUCCUUCUUGUACUAAGGACUCGUAGCCACUGAAUCGAUAUGAUUCGGUUUCGGUGUCUAGAGGACCGGUAAACGACUGUACCUUGAGCCACACGCCACAAUCGAUUUAUCAGUGGCGUACAGACUCC